CUUGUUGUGUAGUGUCGGUUCAUACUCGGGGCCGGCAAGAUCGUUACAAAAUAGUUAGUAGACUGUAUUCACGUGGUAUUGUAUAUUGUGUGUUAGAUGAAUAAUCUUCAAUUAAUUUUUUUUUGAAAUGUCAAUUAAUUAUGUUAACGGGUUCACGUUCGUUAUUUUGUUAAAACCAUACUUCGUUGUACAAGACGAUGCAAUAACAUUUUUCGGUUAAUAAAUAAACGGAUUAUUGGUAGCCAUCGGUGAUUGAUUUGAAACGAUUCGUUGUGGAAAUUGUAAAUGGCUUGAAUUUAAUUUUCAAAACUGUGUUUUUUCGAUGUACUGUUGUUUACUUCUUUAUAUGUUUGUUUGAUGAGAUGAACUUUAUGUUUUAACAAAAGGAGAAAAAAAAGGAAAACUAAUUUAUUGUUAAAAUUAUCAGUUAACGUUUUGAUGUUUACAAAUAUAUGGACAAAUGUGUUGGAAAUGAAUGUGCAUAUUAGGUGCGCCGAUUAAAUGAAUAUUGUGAAUCACAUCACAUGGUAUAUAACUAAAACUGUUUAACUUCGAGCAAUAACACUCUUGACACAAAAGACAUCAACAAUUAAGUUAUAGAAAAGAAAGGAUUUCCUAUAAUAAUAACAAAAUAUAAAAAAAAACUGCAAAGCAAUAGAAUAUUUACAUUUUCAACAUUUUCAGCAUUUAAACAAUUUUUCUCAAAUUAUAUUUCCAUAAAAUAUAAAAUUACCAAAUAAUCGAAACGCUAGAAUUUUACAAUUUUACUACAUAACUUUAACGUACCUUCUCUUAGCUUGGAAAAUAUUGUUAAAAAUAAAUAAAUUACACUCAAAUAAAAAUUAAUUUAACGUGAAAAUGCUCAUUAUUACAAUGGUAAAAACAAAAUUAAAAUAGCAAAAACAAAAACAAAAAGUUAUUAUACAGAAGAAAAAAAACUCUAUUUUUAUACAUUUUCAUAUAUAAAGUAUAUCGGUCGAAGAUAAAUCUACUAUAUAUUAUAUAUGAAACCAUUAUUACAACACCAGUUAAAUGAAAGACUUAAACAAAAAUAUUUAAAUAUACGACUAUAUCUACACAGCAUAAAGAUUAAAAAUUAUUAAAGAAGAAGCAGAAGGAAAAAAAAUAAAUAAAAUAAAAGUUAUUAUUGAAACAACGUGUCUUAAUAAAUUAAAAGUGAUAAAAAAUUUUUAACAACAAUUUUUCUAUAAUAAUUUAUGAGAAAAUAUAAUAAAAGUGAAAUCCAAAUGUGCUAAAAAUUAAAAUGUUACAAUAUUUUGUGUUUGACGACAAAAUUAUGGUUUUAUUAAUUGAAAGCUAAUGAUUAAAAAUAAUAGUCGUGUUUGGAAGCUGUGUCUGUGAGUCUUAUUGGCGAACAAGUGAAGCUGAAUUAUACAACAUUCAAUGCAGUAAGCAAGGAAAAGGAUUAUCAACAAAUUGGAAUUACGUUAUCAUCGCCACAGCAUUUUCUUGGAACGGAUUCUACCAACGACAUAGGAACAUUUUCGAAAGCUGUUUAUAACGCGAAAAUAUAAAAAAUAAAAGAAAUUCUCACAUCAAAAUUGAUUCCGUUCAACACAACGCCAUCACCAACGCAACGUACCCCAUGACGAUGGCCGAGGGUAAUGACCCAAUGGGGCACAAAAAACCAGAAACCCAACAGGUAAAUAACAAUCAUCCGUACAUGAUCAACAAUAAUAUGCCGUGGAAACAGCGGAAGCGAAAACGAUUGUCAGCCGUGCUGGACAAAUUGCAUACAAACAAUGGAAACGAUCCAGCAAUUCACAAUAAUAAUCAGGGUGAACCAAGUAUUAAUUACAAAUGUGAAUCGAAAUCCAGUGAUACCGAGGACACCGAUAACGAUGCCUACUCGAAUCUGGCCAGUCCAGUAGUAGCUAGUAAUGUUAGCCCGUUGCUGCUAAAAAUCGACGAAAACACGUUGAACGUACAAAUACCACCGGAUUUACGGAGUCCUGCACACAGAUACUUUCCAAUGCCUUCACCCCUCUUCGAAUACUAUUUACAAACGAAAUAUUUACCGGAAAUAUUUCGGAUACGAAACAAUUUGUACAUUCAGUCACAAAUGGCUGAUGCUCCACCUCAAGAAUUUCCAUUGGAUUUGUCGAUGAAAGGGCAAAAAAUUAGUAUUCCGAAUAGUUUAGGAACGGUACUGACGACGCAUCGACCGACCAAUCACUAUCAUCAUGGGAGCGUCGGCGUACCGGUUGUGAAAGGUGAUGUUGCAUCGCCAACAACAAAAGAAUCCGUAGCCUGGCGAUAUAAUCUCGAUGUUUCGCCGGUCGUUGAAGAAAUGCCUCCUGGAUCGGAUGUUGCAUACGUGUGCCCCGUUUGCGGACAAAUGUUCAGUCUACAUGAUCGACUAGCAAAACAUAUGGCGUCCAGGCACAAAAGCCGAACGAACACAACCGAUAUAUCGAAAGCUUAUGUGUGCGAAGUGUGUAAUCGUUCGUUCGCUCGCUCCGAUAUGCUCACCAGGCAUAUGAGACUGCAUACGGGCGUCAAACCGUACACUUGUAAGGUGUGUGGCCAGGUAUUUUCCAGAUCUGAUCAUUUGUCAACGCAUCAACGUACCCACACCGGCGAGAAGCCGUACAAAUGUCCGCAAUGUCCAUACGCAGCAUGCAGGCGUGACAUGAUUACCAGACAUAUGCGAACCCAUGCUCGAUAUGAUGCACAACGUUUGGCCGAACAGCAGAAAGCCGUAGGCAAUGUAACCGUCAAAUCAGAAUAUCAGAGUCCGCAGUAUUUGGAGCAGAAACCGUUGAUAUUACCAAACAAUGUGGUGUUGAAGCAAGAAUAUGAAAGUGAAAUGUCGUCACCGUCAAACAGUGGUUUACGAGCUGAUCAAAUUAGUAAUGUACAAGCUGGAUCGUUAUUACCAAAUGCUAUUGUAAAAACGGAAAGCACAAUGCUUAGAAUUCAAUAAUUUAUAAAAAUGAACGAAGACUGAAUCAUAACGUUAAGAUAUGUUAAUAGUUUUUGCGGUUUUAGUUGACGCUGUUCCGGGAAUGUUUUUGGGGGCAGCUCAUUUUUGUUUGUUUGGUUGUCUUUGUUUAGCCGGUAGAAUUUCUGAUUAAAUUAAGGAUUUUUACUUUGUCAAUUACAAUCCCAUUCCUAAAUUAUUCUUUUUAAGAAUCUUCCUUUUCGUUCAAGGUUGUGACACUAUUUUUUAUACCUUUUAGGAAUGUAAGUAAUUUAUCAAAUUUCGAACACAAACAAUUAAGUGGAUAUUAUAAGUAGAUCGUAAGUUUGGUUGAGAACUGAAUGUUAAAAUAUUAUCAGUCAUAUUGUGCGCUUUUAAACGUUUUUGUUCAUUUUAAAAAUGAAGUAAAAUUUUGAUUUCUUAUUUCUUAGAGUUAAACCUAAUUUAUUGUCCACUGAAAAACGGAAUCCUAUAACGUCUCACUGAUGCAGAACUGUUGUAGUACCAUCGAAAGUGUUGUUAAUCGGAUUGUGACUCAAAUAUUUCAAGCCUUUAAUAUUACCAGAACACAGAAAGUUUCAAAGCCCCUUUUUUGUAAAUAGGUACAUCAUCCAAAAAAUUGACACCGUAAGUGAGCUUCAGAAUUUAAACUGUGAUUGCAUUUGUGAAUGAACAAAUGAAUUACAAACUCAAUUUCAAUGUGCUCUAAUAUGAGAAUAUCGCGAACUGGACAAGUUCAAAGCUGUCUUUGUUUAAUCAAUUGUCAUUUCAACCUGUCGCAUACGGAUAUUCAUCUUUUAUCGAUAACGACGUCCUUUAUAUAGUAAAAUACAUGUUAAACAAAUUGAAGUACAAGA